AUGGCCGUCUUUGGAUUCCUCGAGUCGUUGUCGGCGACGUUCGGUUGGCUGUAUUUUAUAGCCUGGUCGCUGUCCUUCUACGGCCAGCCCUCGCUCAACUUUGGCCGCCGAUCGACGUCGGGCACCACCGUCGACUUUCCCCUGAUCAACACGCUAGGCUUCUCGGCCUACUUCGUCUCCAACGUCGCCUUCUUCUAUUCGCCCCUGAUCCGCGCGCAGUACGCCCAUCGCAACAAGGGGCUCACCCCCACGGUGCAGUUCAACGACAUCACCUUUGCAGCGCACGGCCUGCUGCUGUCCGUCGUCACCAGCAGCCAGUACUUCUUUCCGCGCGCGUGGGGCUUCGCGCCGUCGGCGGGCUCGCGUCCCAGCCGCUUCAUCCUGGGCAUCUCUGCGGGCUGCGUCACCGGCGUCGCCGUCAUCCUGCUCGCCGUCGCCGGCGCGCCCGACCGCGACAGCACCCACGACACGCCCGCCAGCGCCUGGCUGUGGCUCGACGUCGUCUACGCCGUGUCGUACGUCAAGCUCGUCGUCACCGUCAUCAAGUACUCGCCGCAGGUGCUCGUCAACUACCGCAACCGCUCCACCAAGGGCUGGAGCAUCAGCCAGAUCCUGCUCGACUUUGUCGGCGGCGUCCUCAGCCUCGCCCAGCUGGCCAUCGACAGCUACCUGCAGGGUGAUUGGUCUGGUGUCACGGGUAAUCCGGUCAAGUUCGCCCUCGGCAACGUCUCCAUGUUUUACGACCUCAUCUUUAUGACGCAGCACUACGUCCUGUACCGCGGCGCCGACGCCAGAGGCGGCGAGACCGAGGCGCUCCUGAGGGGGCCACGCGACGACGAGGAGCGGCGGAUUGAUUAG